CGAGGGGUUCAACGUUCAAUCAAGCCAAACCAGCGCAAUGGUUGCGACCCGUUCGGCCAGUCAGCCUGCCGGUGCACCGCGACAAAGACAGGUCUCCUCGCGCCUAGACGACUACAAAGUCGAUUUGCCCACUCCGGAGCCUGCUGUCAAGCGCCCAGUCGGCCGACCACGCAAAGCGAGACCAUCAACAGUCUCUGUCACGCCAAACGGCAUUCCCGAGGCAAAGAUCACGCGUACGUCAAGCGAUAGUAAAGUCAAAUCUCCGAUGAGCGCGACACCGGGUUUUUCGAAACUCGUGAGGAUGUUAGGCUCGAGCGGCAAUGCGAAAGCGCGAAAAGGCGAGCAUCAACCGCGCGCUUGGAUCACGCUGUGGUUCUUUGUGUCCUCACUGCUUGUUAUCUGGGAUACCGGCUAUCUCUUUGCUCGGCCUCAUUCGAUGCCAGGCGGCAAGUACCAUUACCUUUGGUCGCCGUACUCGAUAUACAGCAAGGUGGAUUACAUAUACGGAUUCCCUUCGUACGACCGCAAUGACGGCUUCCCGCUCGCUCAAGCAUCGCUCAACAUCGUCGAGACGAUCUUGAACUUCGGCUACCUUGGCCUGGCCAUCGAAAAGAGCCCUCUGGCCGUCAUGAUUGGCUUCACGAGCGUCGUCAUGACGUUCUCAAAGACAAUCCUCUACUGGGCGCAAGAGUAUUUCUGCGGUGCUUGCAACAUCGGCCACAAUUCGUUCGACCAGCUCUUGAUGUACUGGAUCAUCCCGAAUGGUCUCUGGCUCGUAUUCCCCUUGGGCAUUCUCAGCGUAUUUGGUGCCGAGAUUGCGACCAGCUUGCGCUCUGCCGCCAAACAGAAGAAGAUUUGACCAUCUGAAAGGACUUGUUGUAUCGUCUG